AUGGCAAGUCACUUACUUACAGAAAGUUUACCACAACUUCAAGAUAUAGAAAGAAUUAUAUCAAAUACAGGAAAAAUAAAGAAAAUAACAGAGACUUUACAAUAUAAUUUAAAACAAACUGCAUUAAAUUUAGAAAAUCACUUAAAUGAAGAUGGUGAUGGGAAUAUCAAACCCCUCAUGGAUGAGAUAGAAAAAGGAUUUUUAACUACAAUUGCAUUAAAUGAAAAUUUAUCUAAAUAUUCAGCUGGAGCUACUAACUUAAAAAACUAUGUUCAAAAUGAAAUUAGAGAUUUACAAUCAAAUAGUCAAUCACAAGAAACUAGAAAUACUGUAGGUUCGGGUGAAAAUCUAGCAGAUAAAUAUUUAAGUGACUAUAAACUACCAUUAAAUAUAGAACAUUAUAGGAACCAUAAAGAUUUUAAACAAUUAAAAAGAGAAAUUUGUGAUGUUAAUGGAAAAAAGAACGAAGAUGCACUGGGUGAAGAUGAAGACUUGAUUGUAGCAUCACAAACAUUUAAUAUUCAUUGUCCAAUUUCAACCACCAUUUUACAAGAUCCAUAUAAAUCAUUAGUUUGUAAUCAUAUUUUCAGUAAAGCCGCAAUAUUUUCAAUGUUUUCUCGAAAUUCAAAUUCUAUUAGAUGUCCAGUUGCUGGUUGUAGCAAAACUAUUAUGAAGAAUCAAAUUCAAGCUGCCCCUGAAAUUAAUGAUAUGGUUAAGAGAGAAUUGAGAAGAAGAGACAAAGAAAUUAAAGCAAAAAGAAGCCAAGAAGAAAUUACUGAAGUUUAA